AUGCUUUCUAAUCCACAAAGUACCCUUCACGGGCGCCAUCGUCAACAUCGACGGCAGAUCUCGACUCCCUCCGCGCUCGAUGCCGUAAAACCCCCAGGCCUUUCUCCACAGGCUCUGCAGAGAUAUCAUGCUCAUCGCCGCGGCCAAAGUCUGGACCAGCGAGCUGUACAAGCUCAAGCUCAGCGACAACAGCUCGUGCAAGAUGCGUCAAGUACUAACCAAACAGCACCGCAAUUCGCGCCUAACUCAACCCUCGUCCCCUUAAUUCCUGACUCCCAGAUCUUCGGCCAAGACGACAUGCAGGCUUCAAGUCACGCCAAUUACCAGACGCCUCACAGCCUACCCUACUUGCACACGAAUUUUGUCAAGGCCGAUGAUCAGGCUCGGGAUGCUCGACCUGUCAAUCACCAUCUCAAUCUCAUUCAACAGCAGCAGCAACAACUGCACAAUGCUAAGCUCAACUGCCACGAUACACACGAUGAUCAGCUGCUCGACAACGACGCGUGGGAUACAUACAAACCCGACAUCGCGUCCUCGCUUCAACAAACGACCACCGAUAUGAGACGACAAUCUGUCCAUUCAAACCCAAGUAGCUCAUACCAUCCGCACACUCCGAAAAAAACAAACUCACCAACGACGCCGUUCGACAAAACAGAUUUUGCUCAGUACUGCGCGGAGACGCAAAUCGUCCCAGCAAAAGACCAAAAUGCUGCUGAUGCCAGCUCCCAGUCGGCCUAUAUGCAACGCGCCAAGUCCCUUCAAGGAGUAGCGGGGACUAGCUUCUCACAGCAAAAGAUUGAAAUGCCCUCUCCCCCUAGCACUGAUUCGUUUGCAGUUGAUGGUUUUGAUACGUUUGACUACCAGCAGUGUUCCAGUUUUGAUAACCUCGCUACCACCAGCCACAGCCAGUACUCUACGUCGUCCAACUCACCAGAAGUCGCUGCCAUUCCAAGCUCUGGAGAUCACACCGAAAAGAAGUCCAAGCUCCCUAUUUGUCCUGCCACGCCCAGCCGUCUCAGCCCAAGGAAACAGCUCGCUACGCCAAGCGCGGCUUCUUUAGUGAAGGCAAAACUUUCUCCGCGUGUCGCAUCUAUCGAUAACCUCAACCUGGACUCCCGGGUGCAUGCCUCUAUCAAAGAAACUGGUGUUAGCAUUGAUGAAAUAGCGUCCUAUAUCCACGGUCCAGACCCCGAAGACGGAAAGUGGGUGUGCCUGCACCCCGGCUGUGAGCGACGCUUUGGCCGCAAGGAAAACAUCAAGUCACAUGUGCAAACCCACCUAGGUGAUCGCCAGUACAAGUGCGAUCAUUGUGAUAAGUGUUUCGUUCGUGGGCAUGAUCUGAAGCGCCACGCGAAGAUCCACACAGGAGACAAGCCGUACGAAUGUCUAUGCGGUAAUGUUUUUGCCCGGCACGAUGCCCUAACUCGGCACCGCCAGAGGGGAAUGUGCAUUGGUGGUUACAAGGGAAUUGUGCGUAAGACAACGAAACGUGGCCGUCCUAAGAAGCACCGCCCAGAGAUGGAUGAGAGACGUGACAAGGCAACCAAGACCCGACAGAGGAUCGCUGAGAAAUCAUUAUUCAAUUCUUCCGAAUCGGACACUUCUCGUCGUACGCCGCCCUCGGAGGUGUUUGAGAACAUGAGCCUUCAUGGCUCCAGCUCAGCAGACGAGAUGGUGACAUUUGACAGCCAAAAUUACUUGCCGCCAGAAGUGUUCACUUUCACUCCGCCCGAAUCUCCAAAUUACGGUACAGCAAGCAAGCCUGCCAGCCCGCGAUCUCUCACGCCGAGCUCCGAAGACGAGAUGCUACCUUUGUCAUCAUCCAAACGACCACUGGAAAACAUUCUUGAGCAUUCGGGCCUCCCCCUUCUCACUGAUGCCGGCACAUGCUCUUUCUCCUCUGUUUCAAGUUCAAGCAGCCAUGCACUAUCUUCUCCGCACACCGCGCCUACCCUAAGCGACCCUUCGCAACCAUCCGAUCUCGAUAUCUUCAUCAACAGUGAACCUUCCUCUGCCUUUGGCAAACAAGAUUUCGGCUUGGGUGAUUCGGACAUGGCUGCAUUCCCAGACUACGUCAACGGCUCUGCGUUUGACAGCAGCUUGGAUUUGCUCCAAGGGAAGAAUUUCUCCACAGGGCCCUCUAUGGGCGAUGACUUCUUUUCCUUCCAGUUCCAAGUCGACGAACAAGCGUCGGACGUCAUGUCAAGGGAGUUUUUCCUCGACUAA